CACAACUGGUCCCCAGUCCAGAGGGUGCUACAGCUUUCUGAAGCUACUUGUCUUUGUGACUCACAUUCAGUUUUUGACCUCCACCCAAUUGCUUUCGACACUUAUUUAAAGACUCUGAGGCCCUGGUGCCUGUCGCUGAAACCCAUGCUCACUGCCCUCUUCGGUCAAUCCAUCGUUCUCUCGCUCUCUUCGAAAACAUGAGCUGCUCCAUUCGACUUGUCAUUACUUCAGAGGACAUGGCCAAGUGCCAUGAAGUUCGUUUGAAGGUUUUUACGGACGAACAAGGAUACGAUGCAGCCUCGGAUGUUGACGAGAUUGACUCCAAGUGCCUCCACUGGCUUGUAGUAGACCAGAACAACCAAGGAGUGGGCACCGCACGUCUCUACAAGUACUCGCCAAUCGUUGGAAAAGUUGGGAGGGUCGCUGUUCUCACAAACAUCCGCGGAUCUGGACUUGGCCGGUUACUCAUGGAAGCCGUGGAGCAGCAUGUGCUCGAGAAUACACAGUUUGAAACCUUAGCCUUGUCAAGCCAGUUGCCUCGGAAAGGGUUCUAUGAGAAGCUUGGGUAUAUUGCCGAGGGUGAGGUCUACCUAGACGAAGGUCAACCCCAUAUUUACAUGCAGAAGAAGCUGCCCAAAAAGACUUCUUGAAGACCUCCGCGUUGCAUCAGAACCGUCCAUCUUAACGGCACCGUCACCUCGCUAAUAAAAGUUACGAGUACUCUUUUGUCCAUGACUCUUCAUCUGUGCUAUUGCAUGGUCAUCGACAGUUAAGAUGAAAUCUACUGUA